UAGCCUGCACUUGGUCGAAAAGCCUACAGGCGGAGUAGGCCCAUUCUGCGUCUGUCUGCCUUCUCUUUUUCUGGGAGAGAUUUAAAUACGGCCAUCCUUGCAGCUUCCUAGAUGGAGACCAAUAGAGUCAUUAACAGCUAUCCUAUACACAGAAACGAUGGAGAAGUGAGCCAGCGAUGCCUAUUGAUUACCACAACUAUGCUAACUGACCCACAAACAUCUAACCGGCGACAAAACCCUUUCAUUUCGGUGCACCGCUGCGGCAGCGAUUGUAUGCAGCUGGUAGUUAGAGACACUCAUAGAGACAACAAGAGGCCAGAGCGAUGCCUGUCUGUCCAUCUUAGAGAGGAAUCGUUUCGCCCUCAACCGUUUGAAGGGGCAAUGUGCCACAGGAGUAGUGGUCGCGAGCUCACGGGUGGUUUGGUAUUAGUGGAUUUGCGAUUCGAGAGCCGCUUAAGUGAGUCUAAGGGAAAGGAAACCACCUCGAGCCUAGGCCGAGUGCAGGCCCAGGGAAAACCAAUCAGCUUGCGUAGCUUACCGCCAAACCAACUGUAGAACGAACACGAGUGCUACGAUUUCGAAAGCUGCUUCACUGAAGUGUCGUAAGUUUGUUUACCUCACUCGUCGCAGCCGAUAAUGGCAAUAUGUCGGCCGGCUUUCGGUGAAUCAGCCCACGCAUCAAUGAUGGGGAAUUUUGAGACUUUAUUCUAACGAGGUGACGCCGUGUUCCCAAGCGGUCUAGCUGAUUUUUUCCUAAAGACGUAGAUUGCGAACGCAUCGCAAGAUGACUAUCGAAGUGUCAGAUCAUCAUUUAUCAAAAGUGCAGGUUGACGCUAAGACCGUUAGCAGCUUUAGCGGAAAUAAUAAAUUAUCGAGAACGCGGAGACAGACAUGCUGGUUUCAAUACCGCUACGCAUUAAUUGUUCUAAGCUUUUUUGGCUUAGCGUUAGUGUAUGGGAUGAGGGUGAGCUUCAAUGUGGCUUUGGUUGGCAUGGUCAAUCAGUCGGCAAUUGCAAAAGGGGUUCAAACAGGAAUGUGUCCGAAGCUACAGGAUUCACUCGUCACAACAGUCAAUCUUCAGAACGAGAGUGAGACGUAUAGGACACAACACCAAGUUGAGGAGAAAAAGGACGGACCAUUCAAAUGGGAGCUGUAUACUCAAGGUAUCAUUUUAGGAGCCUUUUAUUACGGCUACAUCAUUACGCCAAUACCGGGCGGUCGUUUGGCUGAAAAAUACGGAGCGAAAUGGCUGUUUGGAGGCGGCACCCUGAUUACCGGAUGUCUCAAUUUACUUAUUCCUGUAGCCUCAGUAUACGCAGGCUCCACCGGCCUGAUUAUUGUCCGGAUGCUUCAAGGCCUUGCGGAAGGUGUAACCUACCCUGCAAUAGAAGCCCAAAUAGCGCAUUGGAUUCCGGCAAACCAAAGGGCAACAGCUGUUGCCCUCACCCAUACGGGUGGAUUCUUUGGCAUUGCUAUCGGCAUGUACGUCUCGGGUGUUUUGGCAACUAGCGAUAUAUUUGGCGGUUGGCCAUCAAUAUUCUAUAUUUUCGAAAUCUGGACAACUAUAUGGUUCGUGUUCUGGGCCUUACUGACAUCUAACCGACCCGAAGAUCAUCCGUGGGCUUCACAAGAGGAAAUCGAUAUGAUCCUGUAUAACCUAGGCGAUCAAAAGCCAACUCAUGCUGCAUAUACUCCGUGGAAGAAAAUUUUUACGUCUCCUGCUGUUUUUGCCGUGAUUUGUGCACACUUCGGCACACAUUGGCUGCAGUACAUACUGGUCACCGAGCUUCCUACUUACCUCGGAACCGUACUCAACUUCAAUAUUUCCGAUAACGGACUCUAUUCCUCGCUACCCUAUAUGGGUGCGAUUAUCGCAGGAGUUUUCUCGGGCCCCUUAGCUGACUGGAUGCGCAGACGUAACUUUAUGACUGCAACCAACAUUCGGAAGCUUUUCAACGGAUUAGCUCACGUGGUCCCUUCGAUCAUGCUUAUUUGCGUUGUGUGGGUGGCUGGAUGCGACGGGGGCCUUUCGCUCGUCCUGUUUGUCAUAGCUGGUACAAUUCGAGGCAUCUCGGAGGCUGGCUAUAUGUGCAUACCUCUUGACAUGGUGCCUGACUACGCUGGCACCGUCCUUGGCUUAUGUGUUUGCAUUGGGAACACCACCGGCUUCAUUGUCCCCUGGGUUACCGGCGCAUUCAUAAACGUUGAGAACUCAACGACUCUGUGGUCGUACGAUUUCUACGUGGCAGGCGGAGUAGGACUUGUAACAGGUCUCGUGUUCCAGUUGUUCGCGUCAGCUGAAGUUCAGGAGUGGGGCAUCGCACCCAAAGAUUCUUCGACAGAAGAGCAAAGGGCCAGUAGCCGAAACGACCACUAUAAACCACCGCGCAGUGCAGAUUGGAAAAUGGUUCGAACGAGCCCAGCGUAGACUUUUCUUAUGUCUUGGCCGGAGCUUUUCGUGCUCCAUUGUUUAAAUCGCGUACGUCGUCUCCAAGUCCAUUGUACAAUUGCUAUACCCCUAUAGUAUCAAUUAUUUAUUGACUAAAAAUUUCACUAAUAGGAGUCGGAAAUCAAGACGUGACGUUUGUGGGUAAAAUCCUUAGAUAUUCAGCAACCUCCAGCGUCAAGCGCCGUGUGGCCUGAGAUUUCCAAAGCAUCACCUAGGUCGACCUUGUCAAGCUAGACAUACAAUCGUUAGUAAGAUCUCUAUAAACGACCUAUUCAUUUCAAGACCCGCACAGAAUUGGAAUAGCAAAAAACUAGUGACAGAGAAGAAAGGCAACCAGAGUAGUUGACCAGCCGAGUUUAUCUGACUGGCCAUUUUGCUGUUCGACUGUAUAUUAAUCUUAAAAAAAAACUUUUUUUGUUUUUUUUUUUACUAUUAAUUAAUGUCGAAUUUAAAGUAAGCAUGAGGCAGAAAAGAAAAGACAAACCGAAAUAUAGGAAGAUAUCAUCCUGGGCUGCUUGCUUUGUUUAUGUGAAACAAUAUUUGUCCGACAACUGAUGUCCUCUAUCCACAUUAAGUGACCUCCUAUUUACAGAAAGUGAAGUAGUCCUGACAUAUCAAUCAUUAUGCGUGUAUAUAUACUGUAUAUAUAUUGCUGAAAAAGGUACUAACGUUCUAUAGUGUUCUCUGUAUAAAUUAAAGUAACAACAACAAAUGUUCUUUUAUUAAUUGUGGU